AUGAGAGAUGAGGCAGAGGCUACGGACUGUUCAGGAUCUUCAGUGGAGCAGAUUCCACAUUUUUUGCAGGAUGUCGUCUUCCAUGGCAAGUUUGAGUUGCUGAAGACGCUAACCCCAGAGGAAAAUACCCAUUGCCAACACGGCCUCUAUUUUCAAGAUGGUCAGCGGCACGUGGACUACGUUCUCACCUACGCUUUGAAGAAAUCAUCGGCGGGACGUUCCAUUCGAUACUCAACACAUUUGCUCACAGAAAAUGCUGUGGCACGCAGCCUGCGGCGUAACCAUCAUCCAUCUUCAAAAACGUCAACACUUUCCAAUGUGGAGCUAAACUGCCCAGGAGAAACCUAUAGUGCACACGAGGAUCAUAAAAACUUCAGGAGAGAGGAGUUUCAAGGGAAACUUCGAGAUAUGGGCCUGGAGCUGGAGAUUGAUGAAGACACCAAGAUCCUAGGUGUGGGAUUUGUAAAAAUUCAUGCUCCAUGGAAUGUUCUUUGUCGAGAAGCGGAGUUCAUGAAGCUUAAGAUGCCCACUAAAAGGGUCUAUGAAGUCAAGAAGUCAAGCGGUGUUAUCGAGAAGGUCAAUCAAAUCAUCAAUAAAGUUCUUGAGCCUCUUCAUCCUCAAGUUGAGGAACCCCAACCAAAGAACAUCAAACACCUGUCACACACUUUCUCCCGGGAAAAGCAACAUCUGUUUGACCUUUCAGACAAGGAUUCCUUUUUUGACAGUAAAACAAGGAGUUCAAUAGUUUACGAAAUACUAAAACGGACAAAAUGCAAGGCCAAGUACAGCAUGGGUAUCACCAGUCUCCUAGGUAGUGGUGUUUAUACAGCUGCUUACCCUCUCCACGAUGGGGAUAUUGAUGAAGAGAGCGCCGAGCCUAAUGACAGAAAACUUUUGUAUGAAGAGUGGGCAAACUACAGUGUCUUCUACAAGUACCAACCCAUCGGGCUAGUAAGGAAGUACUUUGGCGAGAAGAUUGGACUGUACUUUGCCUGGUUAGGCCUGUACACUCAAAUGUUGAUUCCUGCUUCCCUUGUGGGAGUCAUAGUCUUUCUGUAUGGAUGUGCAACUGUUGAUGACAAUAUACCAAGCAUGGAGAUAUGCCACCAAAAAAACAACAUCACCAUGUGUCCUUUGUGUGAUAAAGUGUGCAGCUAUUGGAAGCUGAGUUCUGCUUGUGGAACUGCAAGGGCCAGUCACUUAUUCGACAACCCGGCUACUGUAUUCUUCUCGAUAUUCAUGGCCCUUUGGGCUGCCAUGUUCAUGGAGCAUUGGAAGAGGAGACAAAUGAGACUUAAUUAUGAAUGGGACCUGACCGGAUUUGAAGACGAGGAGGAAGCACUCAAGGACCACCCAAGAGCUGAAUAUGAAUUCCAAGUUAUGCAGAAGUCUCUCAGCAAAGAUAACAAAAAACAGUACAAGAUGGAAAAGCUGACGUGCCGAGAUCGUCUUCCCGCUUAUAUGACGAAUAUUGUCACAAUGUUGUUAAUGAUUGGUGUUACAUUCGCCAUUGUAUUUGGUGUCAUCCUGUACCGCAUCUCUACAAAAGCUGCUCUUCAUAUGAGCUCCAAUCCAACCACCCGGAACCAUGUACAACUUACUGUCAAAACAACAGCAGCCAUUAUCAACCUUGUGAUCAUCCUUAUACUGGAUGAGGUAUAUGGAGCUGUGGCACGAUGGCUCACUGUUUUAGAGGUUCCAAAAACGGACAAGAGUUUUGAGGAAAGACUCAUAUUUAAGACCUUUAUUCUGAAGUUUGUCAAUGCUUUCACACCAAUCAUCUACAUUGCUUUCUUCAGGGGAAGACUGGUCGGCCGACCAGGGAACUAUUUAUAUGUUUUUGAAUCCUACAGAAUGGAAGAGUGUACUCAUGGAGGCUGUCUGAUGGAGUUGUGUAUUCAACUGAGUAUCACCAUGUUGGGGAAGCAGUUAAUUCAGAACAACCUUUUUGAGAUUGGAAUACCCAAGCUAAAGAAGCUUAUUCGCUAUAUCCAGUCAAAGCAAAGCACUUUUCAAGAGGAGGAAAGGCAAAAAAAGUUGGAGCGAUAUGAAACCGACCACUUCCUGGAGCCAUUUUCAGGGUUAACACCUGAAUAUAUGGAAAUGAUUAUCCAGUUUGGGUUUGUCACAUUAUUUGUGGCGUCCUUCCCGUUGGCUCCAUUGUUCGCUCUGCUCAACAAUAUUAUUGAAAUACGACUUGAUGCAAAGAAGUUUGUGACUGAGCUACGUAGACCAGUGGCAGCAAGAGCCAAAGAUAUUGGUAUUUGGUACAACAUCCUUAGAGGGGUGGCUAAAGUGGCUGUCAUUAUCAAUGCAUUUGUCAUCUCCUUCACCUCAGACUUCAUUCCUCGGAUGGUCUACCAGUACAUGUACAGCCCUGACGGUACCAUGCAUGGGUUUGUCAACCAUACUCUCUCCUAUUUCAAUGUCAGCCACUUCCAGGAUGGGAAGGAGCCCCUUGAUCCCAUGCAACUUGGUUAUACAGUUGAGAUAUGCAGAUACAAGGACUACAGAGAACCGCCUUGGUCAACAACUCCGUAUGAGAUUUCAAAAGAAUUCUGGGCAGUACUGGCAAUUCGGCUGGCCUUUGUGAUUAUUUUUCAGAAUGUCGUCAUGAUGAUGAAUGACCUUGUGGACUGGCUAAUCCCAGACAUCCCAAAAGACAUCAGCCUCCAGAUCCACAAGGAGAAGAUUUUAUUAGUCGAUCUAUUUAUGAGAGAAGAGCAGGGCUCCAUGCAAGAUCUCACCCCGUGGCGUCAAAAUGAUAACAAGAAC